CCAACAAAAAGGGGUGGUCUAUACUGGCGGUUCUCAAACUCGGCUGUAUGGUGGCAUCACCAGGCGAACUUCAGAAAAUACUGGUGCCCAGGUCCCAACCCUAGAGACUGUGUGUGAGCGGGACUUUGGAGGGUUUAAGGGUCCCAGGUGAUUGCAAUCUGCAGGCGGGUUCGAGAAGCUUUGCUUUACCAGGUGCUGCGAGGGCCGGGCGCAGUGAGCGCCGCGUGCCACUGGGUGGCGCUGCCCACUCGGCCCGGCGUUCGGGGAGGCGCGCGGGGCCGCGGCCGGGUGCGCACCUGCCCCGCCUCCUCCAGGCGGGCCACGGGGCAUGCAGCCCGUCGGGGGCGGGGCUCCGAGGCCGGGAUGCGGCCCCGGGUUCCCCGGCAGCCUCCGCCAGCUGGACCCCGUCGCGCUCCUGAUGCUGCUCGUGGACGCCGACCGGCCGGAGCCCGUGCGCAGCGGGGCGCGCGAGCUCGCGCUCUUCCUGACCCCCGAGCCCGGGGCCGAGGCGAAGGAGGUGGAGGAGACCAUCGAGGGGAUGCUCCUCAGGCUGGAAGAGUUCUGCAGCCUGACUGACAUGAUCAGGAGCGACACUUCACAAAUCUUGGAGGAAAACAUCCCGCUCCUUCAGGCCAAAGUGACAGAAAUGCGUGGCAUCUAUGCCAAAGUGGACCAGCUAGAGGCCUUCGUCAAGAUGGUUGGGCACCACGUCUCCUUCCUGGAGGCCCACGUGCUUCAGGCCGAGCGGGACCACGGGGCCUUCCCGCGGGCUCUGCAGAGGUGGCUGGGCUCCGCGGGGCUUCCCUCCUUCAGGAAUGAUGCCUGGUUGCAAGUGACAGCAACCCAGGUCAACUUGGCUGAAGCAAACAAGAGAAGUCCAGGGCUCAUGGACAGGAGCCGGCCCAGGGUAACUCCCGCCUCAGGCAAUGAUGGAUUCGGCUGCUCAAAUGAUAUCGUCAGGACUUCGUCUCACUCCAUCUCCCAGCUCUGCGACCCUGUGUUGGCUUCAAUCCCAGGCAGGCCCUGCACUGUGGUGGCAGAGGUGGCCCUCAGGUUCAUGAACCAUCCUCCCCCACGCCCCUGGGUCACAGCUCCGGUGGGUCAGGCCUCCCACCCCCUGCAGCCCCCACCUGAGCCAUAGCGGGUGGUGAGGGUGGCCAGGUCCGGCACAGGCACGAGUGAUCUUUCAAGAUCAGGACGCCGAUCCCAGAGGGCGGUGGAGGCUAGACAGGCCUGUGUCUACCGCACCCCCCCCCCCCCCCCCCACUGUCUAAGAGCAGCAUGUGUGCCCUUGAGACCACAUUUGGAGUCCCCUGGCUCAUCAGAGGUCACCCCUUCCUGGCUGACUUCAGGCUCAGCUCUCCAACCAGCUAGGAGUCACCAUCCCGCAUUUCCCCACGUGCUCUAAGAUGUUGGCGGGGGUUUGGUCCAGGGCCACUAGGAGGCUCUUAGGAUGACUUCUCCUUGGUUCUGUUAUAAUUAUAUUGAUUUUCUCCCUUUUUUGGAAGUCUCUCUCCUUGAAGGAGGAAGCAGAAGCCCCGUCCCUGGGGGGUGUCUUACCCAUUCAGAGCCACCGCCUUUUGAAUGGUGGAACUAUUUCAAAAAAAACAGGGGGUCAGAAUGAGGCCACACUGGCCCCUCAUGGGCCCCUUCCCUUGUCUGGGGACCUGAUGGUCAGGAGAAGGGACCUAUCAUUUCAGGAUCACAAAAUGUUCUUUGAUCCCCAUGUGUCAGGACCAGGGAACUGGUCUUCAAGCUGUCAUUAUUUGCUUGAUAGUUAUAUUUUCUAGAUUACUACAAUGACCAAUUUUCAGGAGAAAUGGGGCAAAGAGAUCCUAAGCCUAUGGGCUACCCACAGAUUGCAUCCCUUAGGCUAUGAGAUAUAUCUUGUGGCUCAUUUCUCAGUUGUGCUCUGGUCAUGGAGCUAUUGGAGGCCUUGCAUCCCAUCCAUGGUGGCAGGGGGCAGCCCAGGAAGGUGCUAGAAAAAGGGGGCAGGUGGUAGGCCUGGGCCCCAAGUACCCCCAAGUAGGCUGAGCCAAGAAUGGCUGACCCAGGGUUGACAGAUGGAAUGUUCUGUUGCCCUUUCAUGAGGCUGGCCCUUCGCCAUGAUGAAUGGCUCAUCCUGGUUUUCCAGCUGUGGGAUGGUGACACGGGGAGGUAUGUAGUCCUCAGACACCUGAGCACAUUCUGUCUUACUUGAAAUACUUUGAUGGUUUCCUUCUGUGGGGCAAAAUUCAGGGCUUUGGGGCUCAGACAUGAGAAUCUGUGCACUCCCGCCCUAAACCUGGCUGCUUCCCUUUAGGGGAUCCUGGCCACAGCCUCCUCCCUGCUCCCCUCUUUCCCCUCAAUUCUGCUCUUUCUAAAACACCUAAUUCCACACACAUACUCCCGAUUAGUGACUUCAGUGGCUCCCUGGUCCCUUGGGAUGAAGCUCUUAAGCGCGGCCUCUGAGGGCCCAUGUGAUCUGGCCCUGGUUUAUAGCCUCAUCUCUGUCCACACGGUGACCUGGCCCCAGUCCAGACUGAGCCGCUGGAGUCCCCAAGUACCCCUCCCUCCCCCGCCACAGCACUGUGACAUGCCAUUCCCUCAGUCUGGAAGCCCGCCCUGCCUGCUCUAGCCCUGGGAAACCUCCCUGACCCGCCCCCCCCAGGGGGAGUUGGGCCUCCCCCAGUUUCCACAGGUCCUUGCACCUCCCCACCAUUAGCCCUCACAUAGCAGUUCUGUUGGUUCCUUUGUCUCUCCUGCCAGUGAGCCCGGGUUGUCUGGGGCUGCCGUCUUGUGCGCAGAUGGGCCCUGGCUGGCGCCGGCUCUCAGGACCUGGUGGUGGAGUGGACAGAGGCUUGGAGGACGUGGGACGUGGGUCAGGCACCCCCGCUGAGCCUUGGUUUCCCCCCCUCCACCGUGGGGAUGGUGGUCAGGGCGUCGCUGGGGGGAACAAGUAUUUGGGGGAGGCCAACUAUGCACGCAGCGCAGUGCGGGGCACACGGAGGUGCUGGGCUUUGGGGGAGCUGUUGCUGGCCAUGGGCCAGAGCCCCCACCCCACCCCUGCCCUGGCACCUGCACCUGCAGGCCGCUCAGAGUGGGUCUCAGCUGGAGGGGGCCAGGGGGUGGGACAGUCAAGGGAGAGGAGUCAAGGGAGUGGGGGGAGAAGAGGAGGGUGGCGAGAGGGAUGCCCAGUGGAGACCUGCAGAAGGACCUCGUCCCUCUGCACCCCUGAGCCCCACAUACCUCCCAUCUCCCAGCAGGGCCUAGUGUCCCUCCUCCAAGAGGGCCGUAGUCAUUGGGAUGGGAUCGGCCACGGCUCUGCAUGAGAACCAUCUGGGGAUUUCGAAAUACCCCGGGGCCGGGCCACACCCCUGAUCAGUGUCCUCAGAGGCACGGUGGGGCUCCGGUGGGGCUCCGAGGCGUUUCCUAGCUCUCCGGAGGCGAGGGGUGGGGGGGCACCGUGCCGCCAGUUUGAGAAGCCCUGCUUGCCAUGGUCCUCUGUGAAACUGGUUUCUCCGCCAGAAAGGGUCUCAGCAACCGGAGCUCGGGGAGGGCUGCUUGAUGGCAGAGCUCUUCUUCCCAGCCUCCUCAGCAAAGAUGCGCACCAGAUACAAGUGAGCACUCCUUAAAUUGGUUUUUGAUUUUUUUUGAAAAAGUAACACAUUCAGAUGGCACCGACUCGAGGCGGCCCAGAUGGGGACCCGGUGGAAGAACGCUCAGCCCGCCCCCCGGUUGCCCGGCAGCAGGCCCGGCGCGCGGCUCCGCCCCCCCCGCCCCCGCGGAGCUCACGUGUGCGCGCACGCACGCACACGCACGCACACGCGGGCGUGCGGGACACCUGCCUCGUCGGUCCGUCUCUAGCCGACCUGUGCGUCCCCACGCCGGCAGCGCUCCGCCCUGGGCGGGGACCGGCGCGGGCGGCCCGACGCCCUCGCGUGUGUGGGUGGGGGGGGGCCUUGGCCCUGCCGGGCAGGGCCACCAAAGGACCGUGGCCUCGUUGUCGCAGGGGCAACACUCCCCGGGGCUGAAGUCAUUCCUACGACUGGAAAUCCUGGGUCACAGAGCGAGGGAAUUCCGGAGGCUCACGGGCACCUCGCUUUC